CUUCUCCUCGAGCGUGGAGCAGAUGUGAAUGCCCAGGGUGGCUAUCAUGGCAAUGCACUACAAGCAGCUGGAGCAAACGGAAAUGAAUCGGUUGUGGGACUUCUCCUCACUCACGGGGCAGAUCCCAAUUCAGAGGCUUCGGCGGAUCACACAA